AUGGUGAAGAGAAGCAAGAAGAGCAAGAGCAAGCGCGUCACGCUGAAGCAGAAGCACAAGGUGCUGCGCAAGGUGAAAGAGCACCACCGCAAGAAGCGCAAGGAGGCCAAGAAGGAAGGCAAGGCUGGCCAGCGGAAGAAGGUCGAGAAGGACCCCGGGAUCCCCAACGAGUGGCCCUUCAAGGAGCAGGAGCUCAAGGCGCUCGAGGCCCGGCGCGCGAAGGCGCUCCAGGAGCUCGAGCUCAAGAAGGAGGCGCGCAAGGAGAGGGCUCGGAAGAGGAAGCUUGGAUUGCUUGAGGAUGAGGACAUUGCUAAUUUGGCAUCUGCAGCUUCCGCGCAGGGCAGUGAGUUUGCAGCAAAGGAGAAUGCUCCUUUAGCAGUGGCAAAGAGCAAUGAUCAUUCAGAGAGGUCUUUCUACAAGGAGCUUGUUAAAGUAAUUGAAGCUUCCGAUGUGAUUCUUGAGGUUCUUGAUGCAAGGGAUCCACUAGGCACCCGUUGCAUUGACAUGGAAAAGAUGGUUAGGAAGGCUGAUCCAAGUAAACGGAUUGUACUACUUCUCAACAAGAUAGAUCUUGUUCCCAAGGAGGCGGUGGAGAAGUGGCUUACAUAUCUAAGAGAAGAACUGCCAACAGUUGCAUUUAAGUGCAAUACCCAAGAGCAGAGGACCAAGCUGGGAUGGAAAUCUUCAAAACUUGAUAAAACAAGUAACAUCCCACAAAGUAGUGAUUGUCUUGGUGCUGAUAAUCUAAUCAGAUUGCUCAAGAAUUAUUCCAGAAGCCAUGAGCUCAAACUGGCAAUUACGGUGGGUAUUGUUGGACUUCCUAAUGUUGGCAAGAGCAGUCUGAUCAACAGCCUGAAGAGGUCCCGAGUGGUUAAUGUCGGUUCCACUCCAGGGGUUACUAGAUCAAUGCAAGAAGUUCAAUUAGACAAGAAGGUGAAGUUGUUGGAUUGCCCCGGUGUUGUUAUGCUCAAAUCUUCCAACAGUGGUGUGUCUGUAGCCCUUCGAAACUGCAAAAGAGUUGAGAAAAUGGAAGAUCCAGUCACUCCUGUUAAGGAGGUCCUAAGUAUUUGCCCACAUGAGAAGUUGUUAUCUCUGUACAAGGUUCCAAACUUCAGUUCAGUUGAUGAUUUCCUUCAGAAAGUAGCAACUGUACGGGGCAAAUUGAAAAAGGGUGGUGUAGUGGAUGUUGAAGCUGCAGCAAGAAUUGUGCUUCAUGACUGGAAUGAAGGUAAAAUACCAUAUUUUACACUGCCACCUAAAAGAGAUGCUGGGGAGGACUCAGAUGCAGUAAUUAUAACAGAAAACGGGAAAGAAUUUAAUAUUGAUGAAAUUUACAAAGCCGAGUCUUCAUAUAUUGGUGGUUUGAAGUCCAUUGAGGAGUUCCGUCACAUUGAGAUUCCUCCUAAUGCUCCACCAGGGAUUGAUGAAGAGAUGCUAGAGGAUGGCAAGAAACCAAGCGAACCAGUCCAGGAAAGCCGGGAGGAGCAAAUGUCUGACGUGAAUGACUCAGAAGGAAGCAAGGCAGCCAGCGCUAGCACACAGAACGACAAGUUGUACACUGCCGAGGGCAUACUCGAUCCUCGCAAGAGGAAAGCAGAGAAGAAACGGCGCAAGGCGAACAAGUUCAGUGUGCUGAACGACAUGGAUGCGGACUAUGAUUUCAAGGUGGAUUAUCAUCAGAUGGAGGACGCGUCGGCCGCUGAUGAGUACGGUGAGAGCAAUGGUGCACACGUGGAUGAUGAAGAUGGCGGGGAUGAAGCCAAGGAUAAUGAACCGACGACUGGUGUCGAUGAUUCGUGA